AUGGCUGACCAGCUGACGGAGGGGCAGAUUGCAGAGUUCAAAGAAGCCUUCUCGCUCUUUGACAAGGAUGGGGACGGGACCAUCACCACCAGCGAGCUGGGGACCGUCAUGCGGUCGCUGGGGCAGAACCCCACUGAGGCCGAGCUGCAAGACAUGAUCAGUGAGUUGGAUGCUGACGGCAGCGGCACGGUGGACUUCCCCGAAUUCCUGUCCAUGAUGGCAAGGAAGAUGAGGGACAUGGACAGCGAGGAGGAGAUCCGGGAAGCCUUCCGAGUGUUCGACAGGGACAAGAACGGCUACAUCAGUGCAGCGGAGCUCCGGCACGUCAUGACCAACCUCGGCGAGAAGCUGACAGACGAGGAGGUGGACGAGAUGAUCAGAGAGGCUGACAGCAACAGCGAUGGGCAAGUCAACUACGAGGAGUUUGUACGGAUGAUGACAGAGAAGUACUCUAUGCAGCUGGAUGUGGGAGACAGAGGCAGAGUGGAACAGCGCCAGAUGUCCAUGUGGGUCCAGCCAUUGUUUCAUCCCUGGGCAAGGGAGUCACAGGAGACUUCCUCACAGCUGACUGAGGAGCAGAUCGCAGAGUUUGAAGAAGGCUUCUCACUCUUUGACAAGGACAGGGAAGGGACCAUCACCACCGGUGAGCUGGGCAUCAUGCUGUCACUGGGGCAGAACUCCACUGAGGCCAAGCUGCAAGACAUAAUCGGCGGGUUGGACCUCGAUGGCAGCGGCACAAUUGACUUCCCCGAAUUCUUGUCCAUGAUGGUGAGGAAGAUGAGGGACACGGACAGCGAGGAGAAGAUCUGGGAAGCCUUCCGUGUGUUUGACGAGGACAGGAAUGGCUACAUCAGUGUGGCGUAGUGCCGGCAAAUCAUGACCAACCUUGGCAAGAAGCUGACGGUCAAGGAGGUGGACGAGAUGAUCAAGGAGGCCGAUGCAGAUCGCGACGGGCGAGUCAACUACGAGGUGUUUGUGAGGAUGAUGGCCUCAGUGUGA